AUGGUAUCAGCCAGCAUCACAGGCCCUUGUAUGGUGAAGCUGGACUCAGUCAGCAGCUCAGCCCCUGACAGGGACUUUGGUGAAACAGCUAGCACGGACAAACCAAAGCGGAGCUCAGAAUUUAGUGAAAGAAAACUGGCACCAGCUGACUUCAGUGGCAUCUACAGCAAUGACCUGCUCCCAGCUUCAGGCGGUGAGGAGAUGACCAGAGGAUUUCUGCAGGAACUGGUCAGCAUCUUGUUGGGUUUUAUCUGCAAGUCUAAUCAGAGGAGCUCUAAGGUGCUGGACUUCCAUCAUCCUCAUCAGCUAAAGGAGGGACUGGAGGGCUUCAGUCUUGACCUGCCAGUACAACCAGAAACUCUGGAGCAGUUACUAGUGGACUGUAGAGACACCCUCAAAUAUGGUGUUAGUACAGGUCAUCCACGUUUUUUCAAUCAGCUCUCUUCAGGUUUGGAUGUGAUUGGUGUGGCUGGCGAGUGGUUGACCUCAACAGCCAACACGAACAUGUUCACAUAUGAAGUUUCGCCUGUUUUCCUCCUCAUUGAGGAGGCUCUGCUGAAAAAAAUGCAAAGCAUCGUGGGGUGGGCUGAUGAUGAGGGUGACGGACUCUUCUGUCCAGGAGGCACGAUAUCCAAUCUGUACAGCAUCCUCUUGGCCAGGUAUCACUUCUACCCAGAGGUGAAGACCAGAGGGAUGGGAGCUCUGCCUCGGCUGGCCAUGUUCACGUCAGAACAUAGUCAUUAUUCAAUAAAGAAAUCUGCAGCUGUGCUGGGCAUAGGCACUGAGAAUGUGGUUGUGGUGAAAUGUGAUGAAAGAGGGAAAAUUAUUCCUGCAGCACUUGAGACUUCCAUUGCCACAGCUAAAGAAAAGGGUUUGGUUCCUUUCUAUGUGAACGCCACAGCAGGAACUACUGUGUAUGGAGCCUUUGAUCCCCUUAAUGCCAUUGCAGACAUCUGCCACACACACACACUCUGGAUGCACGUUGAUGUAAGUGCUCGCUACACCUCUCCCUGCUUUCACACAGACGACAUUAUUUACAGUGUAACCUUUGACCUACACCAAAAUGUUUUCCUAAAAUCAAAUGGAUUACAGUGCGCAUACUUGCUUUUUCAAAGCAAGGGUCUCUUACAGGAGUGUAAUAAGUUGGGGGCCCAGUACCUUUUUCAGACGGACAAACCGUACGAUGUGAGCUAUGACACUGGAGAUAAAAGCAUCCAGUGUGGCCGACACGUUGAUGUGUUUAAACUCUGGCUGAUGUGGAAGGCAAAGGGCUCAGACGGCUUUGGAUCUCAAGUCAACAAAUGUCUGGAGAAUGCUGAGUAUCUCUAUGAUCAGCUGCAGAAAAGGACAGAAUUUGAACUAGUCUUCAAAAACAAACCAGAGCACAGUAAUGUGUGUUUCUGGUACAUCCCUCCCAGUCUGAGAAGCUUGCCACCUGGACCUGACAGAGAUAGAAGACUCCAUCAGGUUGCUCCUCGGAUCAAAGGCAGGAUGAUGGAAAAGGGCUCUGUUCUGAUUGGCUAUCAGCCGUUGGGAACCAAAGUCAAUUUCUUCAGGUGUGUGUUUUCCAAUCCGGCCACUCAACAAGAGGACAUCGACUUUCUGCUGGAUGAGAUUUGCCAGCUGGGUGCUGACCUUUAAGAUGUUUAAGUUAACAGGUUUUUGAUAUUUAUGCAAGCAUAAAGUAAUUUUAGUUUUCCAUUAGCCUACAUAAUAUGCAUUGAAGUAAAGCCUGACAAUAGUGUAGAAGCUUAAGGAAACUUUCUUGAUUCAUAUUCCAACUUUCCACAGAUUUAAUAAGUAUUGACUGUUAUUGUCAUUUUCUACUAUGGGGUUUUUUGUCUAAUCAACAGGCCCUUUAACUUUCAGAAACCAUCUGAAAUAACCAAAUGAUCAAAUGAUCUUCAUUGUUCUCAACAUUUUUUAUGUGUUGUUAUGAUGUGUAAGAAAUAAUUGUGGAAGAUGUGUUCUGUCGAGAGAGGAAGUCCCCUGGCUUACCUCUCAUUACAUCUGAGACAGCGUAAAAGGACAACAUUCAGGACUUGACAUUUAUAUUAAAAAUUAUAC